AUGACACAAGACACCAAGCAUGAGGCUCUCCAGCCUGUUCAUCCCUCAAUGAAGGGCAAACUCGACCCUGUCUUUGAGAAGCUCUACAACGACAACGUCGCCAACACUCCCCUCAAACCAAUUGAUCUCGGCAUCCUCCGAUCGAAAUACUCAGUUCUCUACUCGUACGGCACUGGUCCUGCACCGGAUGUCGCGCGCCAAUACGAUACCCAGAUCGUCACUCAUGAGGGCAUCACUCUAGAUGUUCGAGUGUAUGAGCCCGACACUGCAGGUCCAUGGCCUGUACAUAUCGACUACCAUGGUGGCGGCUGGGGUCUAGGCGAUCUUGAUACCGAGAGCCAUAUUUGCAAGCACAUCUGCAAUGUCGCUGGCGUCGCCGUCAUUGACGUCGCAUAUCGUCUUGUACCCGAGAAUGCUUUCCCUUGUGGUAUUACCGAUAGUUUCGCUGCUCUCAAGUACAUCCACGAAAAGGGCGCUGAGCGAUUCAGCAUUGACCCUGAGAGAAUCUCGGUUGGUGGAGUCUCAGCUGGUGGAUUCAUCAGUCUUGCGCUGGCGCACAUGGCCCGCGAUGCAGGAAUCCCUCUCAAGCUCGUCGCUGUUGGAACACCAGUGAUUGACGAUUUAAGUCAAUAUUCUUCAGCAUCAGAUUCACCGUUCAAGUCGAUGCAAGAGAAUGAGCAUGCGCCCACACUCAAUUGGGGCCGACUAGCUUGGUUCGACAAGCUCAAAUGGAGUUCGCUGGGCUCAACCCCUGAAGAGAUCGCUAAGAAGCGUGCGCAAAUACCUGCGAUUUAUGGCAACCUGUUCAAGGCGGACAACUAUAAUAAUCUCGCAAAGACUGUCAUUUAUACAGCUGGCGCCGACCCGUUGAGGGACGAGGGCGAGGCUUACGGCAUGAAGUUGAUUGAGCAUGGCAAUGAGGUGACGUUGAAGAGGUUCCCCGGCGUACCGCAUCCGUUUAUGCAUAUGGAUAAGGAUCUUUGGCAGGCGAAGGAGUUUAUUCUGCAGACUGCUGGUGCUAUUCGAACUGCUUUACAUGAGCUAUAG